GAGCGCUUGCACGAAUAAAUUGGGUUGUCUAAUUCUAAAUAAAUUGGGCAUCUCUCGAACAAAAGAAAUAAUAGAGAAGGAUCAAUUUACCGAAUACGAAACUACGGACGAAGCAACGCUUGCUCCAGAACGUCGUUGAGCUUGUUUUCAAUGGGAAAGCGCAAGAACGAAGAACCGAGGUUAAAGAUGAACGGUGCAUUCUUCCAAGCUCAGAGUGAAAAACGCGAGUCGUGUCGUGUUAAGGAUGCAAACAUGCGUCGAGUAUUGGACAGUGCCGCACGAACGCGCCGUCAACGGAAAGCUCUUGAUGGCCUCGAACACGACAACUUCCACGACGAUCCUCACGCUAAUUUGGUCAUGCACAAGAAAGCACCAAAGUUUGAAGAAACUCUGGAAGGAAAACGGAAAAGACGCGCAAAGGGUGAACCGUUCAAGAACCGCUUCAAGAAGAACUUGAACUCUCUGCUAGAGGAACAGCAAGUAGCUACGCCAGAGCCUCCUAACUAUGCAAGUGCAAAUCUUCCACCGUCACGCUUCCCUGCAAGACACUUCUGUGCAGUGUGCGGUUUUCCUUCCAAUUACACCUGCGUCUCUUGUGGAUCGAGAUACUGUUGCAUAAAGUGUCUAGGAACGCAUCAAGAUACGAGGUGUUUGAAAUGGACAGCGUAGUAACAUCUGCACUGCAAGCAACUUUUAUUUCUAGAAAAACUAUCGCUACAGAAGCCACUUUGGUCACCAGACUGUAAUGCAUUGCCUUGUGUAUCCAACAGCCUAGAAUAGAAUAUCUUUAGAAAAUACAUCUUGGGCAUGUUA